CCUUACCGCCAUCUUGUAGUUCUCUUAUAAGGAACACCUAGAGUCCUUCUCUUUGUAUUCCUCAUCCAUCUAAUUAUCAUUUCCUUUCUCAAUCCUUAUUAGGAUAGUUUAUCAUCUUAUUACAAGAUAGCAAUUCAGAUCUUAAUAUCUUUCCUUCUCGAUACUUCCCUUAUAUUCCAUAUAAGCUCGUCAUCGACCCAUCCAUUAAGAUCCAAGCUCGUUCUCUUAAACCAUACCUAGAUUUAAGCCACAUUCCCCAUCCGGAAUAGACAUAACUCGUCGUUAGUCGACUAGUCCAAAGCAGAGUAAUCUUUCGGGAUCAGCGGCGCGGGAUAGAUCACUCUCAGCGAAUUAACCUUAAUAGUUAUAAUGCCUGUCGGACGAAGCCCUCCGAGAAAGGAAGGAACAGAUGCACCCGGUUCGACUAAUCCCCCUUCCGGGACCACGAACCCUGCGGCCACUGGAUCCUUUAAUCCAGUAGCAGCACCAGGAUCAACUGAUCCUGGUAGCGCUUGUCGCCUUACGGAACGCGAGCGGGAUAUUCUCGUCAGCUAUCUGCCAGCCUCGGCCUCGAGUUCUCAGCAACUCACCGCGGAGCAAAUGGAAUCCCUGACGGUUGAUCAGCCCCUCAUCGUUAAUGUCCUUGCUAGCGACUACAACGAUAUCCCUUGCUUGAUCCCCACGGCCGUUCAUAACUACCUGGUGAAGGGUCAUAACGAAGACAUCCUCGAUUACGAUGAAUCGGAUUUUCCCAAUAAGAACAACGUUAAGGGGAAGCUUCCAGAUAAUGUUGGAACUAGGCAGCCUCAAUCUCUUGAUGUUAAGCCGGCGUUUGAUCCGUUGGAGGGACUAAACCUCAAGCCUUAUGAGGUAGCUGCGUUCCAGGAAUUCCAAGCCAUGAAGGCUAACCCGGAUACUCUCGAAGCAAAGAUCAGCAAUCUUCACCUUCGAGGUUCUCGAGAUGGCACUCCGGUUCUUGAAGCUCGUGCUAGAACGACUUCGGUACAACCUAAUCUCGUUGGAGUUCAAGACCGGUCCUCGGUAGCCAAGAUGGUAGCUGUCGAACCUCUUGGAAUCCGACCAACCGAGAAGCUAGUUGAAGACCCGAGUCUUAUCAUCAAAGGCCUUUACAGAGACAAGAUCCCUAAGUUCUCUGGUGUAAAUCAAGAUGUAGCGACAUACUUUGACAACUUUUGAACUGAAUUAAAGAUGCGAUUUUGUCACCCUGACGUCGAGCAUCAAGUAGCCUUUCAGUGGGUUGCCGGAGCCGCGAAGGAGAUCCUCGUGAAAGCCGUGAGAGACGACAAAAGACCCAUCUCUUACGACGCCUUGACGGCAUUCUUUAUGAACGUGUUCCCAGCGACGGUCGACCUUGAUACGGUAGAUCAAGAACUGGAUGCCUUGAAGCAGCAGGGGGGUGAAACUGUCAUCGCUUACUGGACUCGUCACCAACUUGUGACCCAGAAGGCCGAUAUCUUGGAGUUACCAUACGACCCAGUCCUCACUUUCAAGAAACGCCUUGUUCCAGGCCCAGUAAAAGACCAUGUCGACAACUAUAUUGGUAUGAAGAAAUUGGACAGCAUUACUCCUCAGAUUCAGGACGUAGUUGCCGUCGCCAUCGAACGCGAUCAGCGUCCCGAUAUCAAGCACUAUACCAACACCAGCCGUCGAGACACGACUAAUGCUAUAGUGUCCACCUCUCACCAUCAAAACGGAAAUCGUAAGCGUCAACGUUCAAGAAUGGAAAGUAGUGGAGGUAGAGUUGAUAACUCCAACGUCAUUUGUUACAAUUGUAACCGGCGCGGACACCGUUUUGGUUUGAUUGAGCGACCUACGUGUGGUGCGCCUAUUACCAACAAGACUCGUGCCUACUUCAAGAAGAUAUCGAAGAAGCCUAAGGUGGAGCCGAGGGAACCGGUUGCGAGUGGUAGUGGGUCGUCAAAAGCCCCGGCGAACUAGACGAGGCUCUGUCUUGUUCGCCUGAUCUGUUUUCUUGUGUGGUGAUCAAUAGGGAUUUAUGUAAUGCAUCCACCGUUGACCUUGCUA